AUGCACUGCGACAGACCGACGUCAGAAGCGCUUCGUGUCGAAUCACUCGGUAAUUGCCGGUAUCGCAUGAAUGUCGACGACGACGGUGCGGAACUGAGUUACACUGGGGAGGCUGUACAAGACGAUCGAAAUGACGACUACGAGUGGGUGGUGGUGGCAAAAAACAGGAAGACCCAGAAACUGGCCUGUGCAUCGACUACCUUCGUUAGCUUCAAACCAGAAAUUCGGACAGGUGACGAAAUGCGCAGUGAUCUUAACACGGAUUCUAUGACCUCGGCAGACAGGCGAGAAGCGCUGACGUUGAAAUUCGGCAGUCGUCGGAAAAUCAAAGCGACCAGGAGCCGAAAGUCCACGCGGUUGGCGGAAGUAAGUAAACUUGUAGCUUUUGCCCUUCUGCAUUGCAGAGAUGCGGAGUGUCGUCUUAAUCGCUAUUGUGGUGUAUAAAG